GGGGUUAAUGCUGGUUCAGAGUCACCGGGCAAAAUGUUGCUGCUGCGGCUCGUUUGUUUUCAAGACGUUGCUUCAGCAAAGGUAUCGGAGUAAUGAAAUGGCACAGGAAAACCUGUCUGCUCCACUGACUUACAUGCAGAUGCACAGAACUUUUAAACGUCGUUUGGAGACUUGCGAAACCGAAACGCCGCCAGUAAAAAGACCAGCGUCAGAACACAAUCCUCUCUACGACUGCUCAGAUGCCCAAAGAGAUUUCCCUCCAGGUAAGUGUGCUCAGGAUCGGAGCCUUAGAAAGGAGCGGAAUCUCCCAUCUCUUCCGCUGCUGGUGCUGCUACUUCCCCUUGAGUAGACUCCCCCUCUCGUCAUCAGCGUGCGCGCUCCCGAUCCACGCUGCCGGCCGGCGCGCGCGUUCUCCCCAGUUCUUCCCUUCGCUCUAUGGGUCUUUUUUGCUGCUGCUGCUGCCGCUGCUAACGCCAUGAUCUUCCUGCUGGCCCUGUUUGCCAGCAUCUUCCAAACAGGUGAGCGUUGCUGAGAUCUGGGGGUGCCUGACCAGCCCUUCCCUCUCUUUGUAGCUGGGUCAUGCUGAAUUGCAUAUCUCUUUCUUUUUCCAUCGGGAAACAACGCCCUGUGCCUGCCUUCUACCCCGCCCGCCCCCAACUGGCUGAGUCAACUUUCGCCAACCUGGUGCCUUCCAGAUAAAAAUACACAAACAUAAAAAUAGCCCUAUUGGAUCAGGCCAAACGGGGCCCAUCUCCUGUUCCCACAGUGGCCAACUAGAUGCCUGUGGAGCGUGCUUUUUCCGGGGGCAUAAGGUAAAGGGACCCCUGACCAUUAGGUCCAGUCGCGGCUGACUCUGGGGUUGCGGCGCUCAUCUCGCUUUAUUGGCCGAGGGAGCCAUCGUUUGUCCGCAGACAGCUUCCGAAUCAUGUAGCCAGCAUGACUAAGCCGCUUCUGGCGAACCAGAGCAGUGCAUGGAAACAGUUUUACCUUCCCACCGGGGCAGUACCUAUUUAUCUACUUGCACUUUGACGUGCUUUCGAACUGCUAGGUUGGCAGAAGCUGGGACCAAACAACGGGAGCUCACCCCGUCGCGGGGAUUCGAACCGCCAACCUUCUGAUCAGCAAGUCCUAGGCUCUGUGGUUUAACCCACAGCGCCAACACCAGCCGCUCUGGGCGGCUCCCAACAGAAUAUAAAAACACAAUAAAACCUCUUUUUUGUUGUUUAAAAGUGUGGCACUUACUGUAGGAACUUAAUGGUGAGUACCAGCACCUAUUUUUCUAGAGGGAAAAAAAGCAUUGCCUGUGGGAAAACUGCAAGCAGGACCUGAGUGCAAUAGUAUUCACUUGUGAUUUCCAGAAAUCCUGCCCCUCCUCAGCUGCACAGCAUGUAUUGCAUGCCCCCCUCAAUAUAUAUACAUUAAAUCUCUCUUUCCCCCUUAUUUCCCAGCAUUCACCGGUGUAAAUGAACGCACCUUCCUGGCCAUUAAGCCAGAUGGGGUACAACGGCAUCUGGUUGGAGAGAUCAUCCGACGCUUCGAGAAGAAGGGCUUCAAACUGGUGGCCAUGAAGCUUAUGCAGGUCAGGAUACUUGGCUGAGUACCUAAGCUCUUUGUCGAGAGAUGGAUGGGGAACCUUUAUGACCCAGUGGACCACAUCUUCAUCUUCCUGCCACCUCCACCUCCAUUCUGUGGGCUAACGUAGGGUUACCCACUUGUCAAUCAUUGGACACCAGGUGAUUGACAAGUGGGUUGUCCCAUCCAUCUGUCAAAGGUGGCUCAUGGUGGGGGAGAGACAACAACCAAGAGGGAUUGAAUUCCCUGUGUACCAGGCGUCCAGUCCUGCUUUCUAUAGGCAUUGGGAUGGAAGCAGCUGAUUCAGCCACAACUCUACCUGCCACACACCUUGCUUCACAUAGGAUGCCAAGUGUAGAGGAAAUGACUAUGUUUUGGGGAAAAUUGGCUUAUAGGCCAAAUGAGGGGUGUCUGGUGGGCCAAAUUUGGCCUGAAGACCAGAGACCUGGAGGUUGAAGGCUACACACCAGGGCGGUUUGAUCGCACCCAGUGUUGUAUAUUAUCUUUGCAUGCUAUCAUUCUAUUUUUGUGUUGGGGGUUAUUCUCUAUAUUUUGUUGGUUUAUUCAUUGAAAUUAUAAACUGCCUUUCUACCACAGCACCCAAGGCAGUUUACAAAUUUAAAGGACCACAAAAGAACAUUUAAAGUUGGUAGGGUGGUGGAGAAAGGGCAAUUCAGCUAGAACAGGGCCUGUUGUUGCCUCUGCCUGCUUCCCUAGUUAAAACCGAUUAAAUUAGUUUGGCUUAUUUGUAUUGCCUUAUCUAACAUUGUAUGUAAGUAUUUUCUGGAUUCAUUGACAUCAUUGUUAUUUUUUAAAAAAAUUAAAGUUCUUUUUCUAAGUUCCUAAUGUUUAAAUUGUUCUUAAUUUUGCAUGGUUUUAUUUUUUGGUUUGUUUGCUGGGUUGUGAGAUGCUUGGGGCACAAUUCUGUGGGAAAGUGGCGUAUAAAUCUAUAAACUGAUGGUGGUGAUAAUGAUGCUGACUCAACUGUUAAUUUCCUGAUCUUUGAUUAUCACCAUAACCCUAGGAGAUUUUACUCCCACCCUUCGAGCAAGUUCCCAGGGCAGUUUACACACACAAAAUAAAAGACUGAAAACAGUCAAAGCAUACUAAAAAUCAGCAAAAUUGUUUAAAGAACUACACAACGUUGAUCAAGUCUGUGGCAUGUGUUUGACCACGUGUUCAUCCUGGAAGACCUGCUUCUUGCCUUGCAGACCUUUUCCCACUUGGCCUGGGAGGAUGGGGCCCUGACAAACUCCAACUACCAAAGCUGGAGUAUUAUUUAGGGAUUUUUUUUUGCGGGGAGUGGGGUGUUGGGGUUGUUGAUGUUGAUUUUUUGUAUCUUUAUUUUGGAUCCUAUGAUUUAUGUGGAAAUUCUUCAACUCGUGCACUUUUUGAUGUUUGGUUUAAUGUUUUAUGACUACUUUUGCUAUGUUUGUAUUUUGUAAUUUUUUAAUGCGAUUUCAACUUUGGAAAGGCAGCAUACAAAUAAAAUGAUUGAUUGAUUGAUUGAUUAGGCUUCUGAAGACUUGUUGAAGGAGCAUUACAUCGCCCUCCGUGAGCGUCCUUUCUAUAACCGUCUGGUGAAAUACAUGAGCUCUGGACCUGUUGUGGCCAUGGUGAGUGAAAUAACAAAUGCAUUUUGCUAUGAGAGCCAGUGUGGUGUAGUGGUUAAGAGCGGUAGUCUCGUAAUCUGGUGAACCGGGUUUGCGUCUCCACUCCUCCACAUUCAGCUGCUGGGUGACCUUGGGCUAGUCACACUUCUCUGAAGUCUCUCAGUCUCACUCACCUCACAGAGUGUUUGUUGUGGGGGAGGAAGGGAAAGGAGAAUGUUAGCCGCUUUGAGACUCCCGAAGGGGAGCGAAAGGCGGGGUAUCAAAUCCAAACUCCUCCUCCUCCUCCUCUUCUUCUUCUUCUUCUUCUUCUUCUUCUAUGUGAGGGUCUUGAGAUGCCCCUAUCUCCUAACACAUCUAUAUUUUCUAACAAUACCCAAGUAUAGAAGAGCAGUCUUGUUGGCACGUUCUGACAUUUUACCCUCCAAGAUCCCAGACAGCAGAACACUGGGGGGUGUGUGUUGGGAAACCUUAUAAGAAAUAUUUUCUCUUUGAGAAGAGAGGGAGGCUCAUCACUUCCCUCUUCCCCGGGACUCCUAAUGUUUUCUCAAGUGGUUUAGCAGAACAAGGCCACUGGCACUGAGAAGGUUGCCUUUUCCAUUGGUUUUCAAGCAAGUGGGUCACGGUUUGAUCUAAGGCAGGUGACACCAGCAACAGCACGACCACCGUCCAAAUAGGCAGCAACAAACAAAGAAAGGGCUCCCCAAAUGUGCGAUAGGACUAAAGGUGUGUAUCGGGUCACCAAAAGGUUGAAUGCUAGUGGGGUUUUUUCUUCCCUUCACCCCAGGUUUGGCAGGGACUGGAAGUGGUGAAGACAGCUCGCGUCAUGAUUGGCGAAACUAACCCAGCAGAUUCGAAGCCUGGGACUAUCCGAGGUGACUUCUGCAUUGAAGUUGGCAAGUGAGUGAAAACCUCGUUUACUUUUGGGGCAGUUCUCUCUUCUGAGCGUUUUGUGUGAUUCCGGCAAUGCAACUAUUGGUCCGCCACAGCAAGGAAUGGGGGCUCAGCCAGGUGCCGUUUUCUGCCUGAGAUAAUCUAAAACUGCAUUCCUGUAAACAGAGUGGAAACUAAAUCAGAGGAUGAUUUAAAAAAAUAAAUAAAUCAGGAAGGCCUUUUUGUUUCUGCAUUAGGAGAUAGGGGCAUCGUUCACACAUGCUGUGUGUCUAGCAAAGAUAAUCAAAAUCCUGUUUAGUGUAAAUGUUUCAGAUUGGACUGUGCACUAGAACUAACCAAAUUCCAAACCAAAUCAGGCUAAUUUGGGUGGACAAGGGCUUACUGUGACAUGUGGAUACAGCCAAUGUGGAUUAUGGGUUUGCAAGUAAGAAGGAAACAUUUUUGUGUGAACAUGGGCCAAAAUUAAGCUGCCUCCCAGUAAUGUUAGAAAUGACCUCCAGCUUCAUAGAUUUGAGAGGCAAGUGGAGUAUUUUUGCUUCUUCCAGGGUUUAUUGUUAGCGUGCCCCUGCCUGCCAAUACACAUGCUGUUAACACAGUCCAUCCUGUCUGUGAGCAAACACCCUCCCUCAGCAAAACGGACUUUUUAUAAGGGAAAGAAAGAGAGAUGGGAAAAAUGGGGCAGUAGGGAAGCAGCAGGAGGUGGGAAACAAACAGCAAAGAAUUGGAAAGAAUAGGAAAAUAAGAAGACUCUGAUGAAUCAUUGCAUAACAUUAUAAAAAUGGAAAUGGAAUUUUUUCAUCCCUUUUUCCCUACCCUAUUAGGAACAUAAGAAGCUGUUGUAUAGAGCCCAAAUCCACACCAUACAUUGUGGGAACUGUAGUUUGUCAAGGGUACUGAUAGUUCUUUGGAGAGCCCUAUUCCCCUUGCAGAGCUCCAAUUCCCAGUUUCCUUUGCAGAGGGAUUUAUGAUUAGACCUCUCUGAGAACGGUAGCUCUGUGAGGGGAAUCGGGGGUCUCCUCUCAGCACCAUGAACAGUUUCCCAGCAGUCUUUGGGAGAAAGCAAUGACGGCUUAAAGUGGAAUCGCAGCACUUUAAAUGUAUGGUGUGAAUGUGACCAGUCACAUCAUUUGUCCAUCUGGCCUAUCAUCAGCUCUCCAGGAUUUGGCAGGAGCUUUUUCUGUACCUGUCAAUUGAAACCUAGCUCAUCGUACUCAUAUAUGCCCAACUGCACAAGAACUUAGUUAACUCUGGCACAAUGCAUCCAGCUGCACCGUGGGAUAUACUUGUUCCUUUUCCCUACAGGAAUGUGAUCCACGGGAGCGAUUCAUUGGAGAGCGCCCAGCGAGAGAUCUUGCUCUGGUUCCGCACAGAUGAACUGGCCUGUUGGGAAGACAGUGCAGAUCACUGGAUUUAUGAGUAAGGCAGAGCAGCUGAAGCCCGGCCCCCUCUGCUGCUGUCACAAAGGCACUGCACAAACCCGUCCAUUCCCUUUCAGCUUAUCUGGGAUUCCCCUGGGUAGCUUUCUUUUGUUGAGUUGGGUGGGGAAGAGAAAGGGCGGGAGUAUUUUAGAUCUGAACGAACAUAUCAUGUCAGUUUAACAGCUAGUAAUUUAAUUCCCUUUCUCCCUGCCUCCCCAGCCCCCAAUUAUAGCCUUUUUGGGGCAAUAUUAGAGAAAUCUGCGCUAUUAAACCAAUAUGGAAAAGCACACACCAGGGGGAUUCCAGUUCUCUUUUCUCACUUUUAGAAUGUAUUUUCAAAGGGCUUCAUUGGUGGUUUUCCUGCUGCCUCCCAAUCCAAGCCUGCAAAGACUACCCCACUAUGUUAGGCCACAGUUUUACUAGCUACAGGGCACAGACCCCACUUUGCAAUCCUAGUCAGCGGAUUGCCUGGGCUUGCAUACUGCUAUCCGCAGCAUCUUUGGGGUUGCAAAGCACCAUGCCUCUGGCCACAGGGGUUUUAUUUCAAACCACACAGGCGAAAACAGGCCACCCAACAUAAUUGCGACAUCAGGUGGCUGGCCCUUCCUACUUUCCCAACUUGGCCCAUGGGAAGGGUGGGGGAAAUACAGAUCCAGCCUGCUGCCCCUGCUCUUUCCAAAAGGAAACAUCAAAUAAGACAGAAGCAAGGGGAGCUGUGCUGUUUCGCUUUACUUAAGCAGCAGCAAAUACAAACAAUUGCUCGCAGCUAGCAAUAUCCGGCGGUUGAGCAACAGGGCUUAUACAGCUGCUGUUACGUCCUGCUCUCUCUCUAGUGAAUGCAAUUUCUUUUGGGGCAAUGACUUGAAAUGCAGAAUUCACGCUGCUCAUAUCUCAUACCCGCCCCACUUUCUCCAAUAGUCCAGGACGGCGGGGGGGGGGGGGAGCUGCUUUAGUGCAUGUUUUAUCUUAGGGAUGGCAAAUAUUCAGGUCUCCAGAUGUUGGAGCCUCCAUCACCUCUGUCUGUUGGCCAUGCUGUCUGGAGCUGAUGGGAGUUGGAGUCCAACAACAUUUGGAGGACCACUGUCCACCUGUGUUGUUUUUUAAAAUAAUCUUAUUCACAGCUGACAACUAUUCAGUAGGAACAGAAUGCUGGGAUUUGGGAGCGGAAGAUGGCAUUUCAGGAGGCCUCUGAUAGAGUGGAAACAGCCAAAUCCCAUUAAGUUGGGACCUGGCUGGAGAAGUAUUAUUCCUAGGCUAUCAUGGUUCCUGUGUUUUCCUCUGGGAUCUUUCAUCCCACUGCAUGUUACUGUUCUUCCAGAUAUUUCCCAAAAGGAGAUUGUUUACAUCUAUAAAUAUGUACAGGGCUACUUUUUAAAUACUGGCUGCGUUUUGCUUUUGUAAAAUAAAUUUUGGGAAAAGGCAAUCGUUUUUACUCUCUGUCUGUCAGGGUGGUGUAUCUUGGAAAAGGGUGUGGAUGGCUGGCUGGGAGUACAGAACAAGGGCAAUUCAUACUUGCACCAUAUUGUUGCAGGUGACCCCCCCCCCGCCCCAUCACUUGGGUGUGCACCAUCAAAAGAUGCAAUAAACGUCAUGGCAGUAGCUCCUUAAAAAUACCACUUCUAGUGUGUGUUUAUCAAUGCUCUCGAAUCUGUGAUGUUAACACAUUUUUUUUUAUUACAUACAGAACAGAUAUGGUCAUCUUUUGGAUAGCGUAUAAGGGACAAAGCAUAGGGAGAGUGGGGUUGUUUUUUCAUACAGCAGUCUCUUUACAUCUUUAGACCAAAACAGCAGAGUUGACAGGCCUUAAGACACUUUUAAAAAAUUCCUUUUAUAACAUACAAGUUAACUUUACAUACAUCACAGUGGAGAUGUGGCGGGGAGGUGUCUGUAAGUCAAAUCAGCUUUUAUCUUGCCGGCAGGUAGCUAUCAGGAGUCAACAGCCAGCACUGUGAGGCUUUCUCCCCAUAGCUACGCCUCUCCCUCCCCCCGCGUCCCCCCCCCCACCUUGAACAUGUGCUUCUUUUCAAUGAAAACGUAACUUCAAACUGUGAAAGGUUCUUUGGGCAUAUAUUUGUAGGCAGGGGAGGCAAAAGGAGCAGUAUCCUGACAAAUAAAUGCUGGGAACUGAGAACUGCUGGAGGCUUUGCAGUUGUAUCUGUUGUUUUUGUUUUAAAAAGACCAUACCUUGGUUCAGUUCUGCAUGAGGAAGUAAUCCUGCUCUCAGGUCUUUUGGCAACAGGUAAAUCAGUUUUAAAACCUGGCACCCUGUCAGACGCCACACGCUCGCCCUCUAAACUGCAGUGGUGCUGUAGGGGUAGGGCUUUGGGGGCAGAAGUUAUGGGACCCAGACCCAACUCAGCAGAAUGAGCAGGCGCCCCCCCCCCCAUACAGCUUACUUCAGAAAUGCGGUAAGUGAAGCAAUACAUGUUCCCAUCUAAAGGUCUGCCGGGCUGGGAGACCAUUAAGGCCAGAGUCUAAAACCACCUAGCUGCACCAUUGCUAAGUAGUGCCUAAGCCAAAGCUGCCCACCCCACCGGUCCUCACUUUAAAAAUCCGACUUUCCUUUCUCUCUCCUCCCAGGCUCUGCUGUUGUCAGGUUGCUCUCCAGGUCACGUUAGUUUCCUCCCAGCCCCUCCAAAAGGUAUUUCACCCCCAGAACAGACUGAACAAAAUAAGAACAUAGGAAGCAUAAGAAUAGUCAGGCAAGUAGUCCAUCUAGCUUAGUAUUGUCUACACUGACAGGCAGGAGCUUUCCCCAACUCUACCUGGAGACAUCAGGGCUUUUAUUUAUAACCCAGGACCUUUUGCAUGUAAGGCAGAUAUUCUACCUGUGAGCUACAGGCCCUGUGUCGCCUUCCCAGCUCCCCUCUCCCCCACUUCAGAGCAAGUGGUACAAGAUCUGCUUCAUUCUCUCCUUAAUUGGGAUAAGCACAGAGGGUUAGCUGCUUUAUGUCUUUUGCCCUCUAAUGAACAGAGAUUCAACUCCACCUGGACUGUGGCCAUCUUUCUGAGCAGAGCACUGGGGUAGCAGUGGGGCAGGAAUGGUGGUGGUGGUGGUGGGGAAUGUGACAGGAUAGAUUAGUGGUAUUACUUGCUAACUUGCCCCAAGAGAAUGGCAAAUCUUGGCUGAUGGCACUGCUGUUUCAAAUGGAAUAAUGAAAGUGUCUUAACAAUCUGCUCUUCUCUCUCCUGCACACUAUUAUUUCAUCAGUAGUCUAGAAAACAGCUAGGAUAUGCUGGCAUUGGGAAACAAAACCCUUUCCGUAGGAGCACUAUCAGGAGGCGGUCUGGCUCCUUGUUUACUGAAAAGCCAACCCCAAAGGGUUAGGACCUCCUUGUGACAUGGAAAAUAACAAGUGUUAGCUGCGCUCAGUGAAAUUGUUGAUAUCUCCCUAGUGUGUCACCUCCAAGUAUGUCUGGUAGGGUAAGGCCUAAGACCGAGAGUGGCCUGAAAUCUGGAAACUUAAUGGACAGAAUAAGGGAACCUAGGAAGCUGCUUUUACAGCAGCUGAGACUUUCCAUUUUGCCCAGUACCAUGUAGACUGACUUAUGAAGAGGUCUCUCCCACCACCCGCUCUCUUCUUGAUCAUUUUUUAAACUGAAGAUGGCAGGGACUGAAUCUUCUUCCUGCAAAGCAGAUGCUCUGCUCCUGAUACCUGUUUCCUCCGCCUUUGCUACCUACCCUGUAAACCUCACUCUCUUUCUCAUCAUGAAUAAAGCCCCCAUUUGAUCUCAAGCCUUGCUGCAGCUACUUAACCACAUUUUGUGCUCUUUCAAAUCAAACUACCCCAAUGACUUCACUAGCCUUCUAGAUUUCCUCUCUCCUGCUCUUGGCGAAAAAUUAUGGGUCAGAGAUCAACAAUGUCGACUUGCAAGUCGCAACGUCCUCCCCACCCACCAGCUUUACCGCUUAACGUCUCUUGUUUUUUCUUCAUCUCGGUUUGUUGUGCGGAACCCACAGACCUUUUCAGCCUUUGCCAUAUUUCUUUCAUCUCUGUGUACAUUCUGUGGCUCUGGGUGGCUUUGAGUAAGCAAGUGACAUAAAACCACACAUAAGAGUAGGGGUCCCUGCACAGGUCCAGCUUGUGGCCAGGUGUUAAGGAAGGGAGCUGUAAGGCAUUCGAUAUGUGUGCCAUGGUGCUUGUGUGCCUGCCAUACCCAAGCUACUACUCUCAGCACACAAGAAAGGGAGUUAAGUCACAGCAUGGUACGGUUGACUGGAUUGGGGCAAGUGUUCCCACAAGCUGUUCAGACUAUGACUGGACUUCCUUUUUAGUCUAUGUUUUCUCAGACCUCAUUCAGGCAUGGAGAAAGAAAACAUUGCCUACAGAGGCAGGCAGGGGAGGCCUGAGAGAUGCAAAAAGAAAAAGAAAAAAGCCUGCAAUAGUCUCCCUCUGCUGCAAAGCGCACAAAGAAAGGGGCACGUGGACAGUCCAAAGCUUUGACUCUACCAAGAACUGCCAGGAAGUUGCCCCCCCCCCCGUCUCUCUAAGGAAGACCCACAUCCCUCUCUAAAAAACCUUGGUCUCCCCUGGCUUCAAAGAAAAUUAAAACGUGAAAGGUUCUGUGAGAUUUAAAUAAGACGUUAAGAGCACUUAACAUUUCUGGGCUUCUUCCUGCUGCUUCCUCCCACAGCCUUUAAAGUUCAUCAGCCUCUGAACUGCCUACGGCAGAAACCUCCUUAUAUCCCAGAGGACCAGCUGUUUACAACUUCAUCUCAAGCAGCAAUCCACUCCCAGUCACUGGUGCCGAGUCACGAUGCAUGAGACGGGGCUCACUGGCUGGGAUGGAACUGCCACUGGAUGUGGCAGGGUGGGGGCAAGAGAAGGGGAGCAACAGGUGGGAUGCGUGUUAUGAGUGUGCACACCUGCCACCAACCUGGUGAGCAGCCAGCGCCCUAACUUGCAUGCCACAGCUGUGGGCGCUGCUUUCUCAACAUCCUCUCCCAAC